AAAGACUAUGCUUUCCACUUGAUAUUGACAUUUUCUUACACAAUAUGUCAAGGUGUAAGUAUUUUAAGCCAUAAAUUCAUAAAAUAUUAAUUAUACACCCCCAUUUCUAGUUCACUCUAUUCUAUCACUCACAAAGCCUGAAAACACCACCUAAUGAAACCCACCACCAUUUUCAAUCUCCUUCUCCUCCUUUCUUUCACCACCAUUUUCCUCCCCAAACAAUGCUUAACCCAAACCCAAACACCCAUCAAAACCAUAGUAAUUCUCGUCCUAGAAAACCGUUCCUUCGAUCACUUACUCGGAUGGAUGAAAAAAUCAGUAAACCCAUCAAUAAACGGAUUAAACGGGUCGGAAUGCAACCCAGUAUCAACCCAAAACCCAGAUUCGAAACCCGUUUGUGUAACUGACGAUGCCGAAUAUGUAGACCCGGAUCCAGGACACUCCUUUGAAGAAGUAGCUUUACAAGUAUUUGGGGGAAACAAUACCGUAAUUCCGUCAAUGUUAGGGUUUGUAGAACAAGCAAAAUCAGUGUCAGAGAAUGUAUCGGAAACAGUAAUGAAGGGAUUUAGGCCCGAAAAUGUGCCCGUUUAUGCGGAUUUAGUGAAGGAAUUUGCGGUAUUUGAUAGAUGGUUUUCAUCGAUUCCGGGUCCAACACAACCCAAUAGAUUAUUUGUGUAUUCUGGGACUUCACAUGGUGCUGUAAGUCAUGUGAAGAAACAAUUGGCAAUUGGGUAUCCACAGAAAACUAUAUUUGAUUCAAUGCAUGAGAAUAAAUUGGAUUUUGGGAUUUAUUUUCAUUCGAUUCCGAGUACUUUGUUUUUUAGGAAUUUGAGGAAAUUAAAAUAUGUUUUUAAAUUUCAUUUUUAUGAUACUUUUAAGAAACAUGCUAAAGAUGGUAAACUUCCCAGCUUAACGGUUAUUGAGCCCAGAUUUUUUGACUUAAAUGGAAAUGGAGCAAAUGAUGAUCAUCCAUCACAUGAUGUAGCAAAUGGACAAAAAUUAGUGAAAGAAGUUUAUGAAACAUUAAGAAGAAGUCCACAAUGGAAUGAAAGUCUAUUAGUGUUAACAUAUGAUGAACAUGGUGGAUUUUAUGAUCAUGUACAAACUCCUUACAAAAAUAUACCAAGCCCAGAUGGGAAUACUGCUCCUCCCCCUACUUUCUUUAGCUUUGAUCGACUUGGUGUUCGUGUUCCUACUAUUAUGGUUUCCCCUUGGAUCAAAAAAGGAACGGUGGUUAGUAAACCAAAAGGACCAAUGGCGAAUUCAGAGUUUGAGCAUUCAUCAAUCCCAGCUACCAUUAAAAAGAUUUUCAAUCUGAAAUCCAAUUUCUUAACUCAUAGAGACGCCUGGGCGGGUACAUUUGAGGAUGUUGUUUCCCAAUUAACCUCUCCCAGAACCGAUUGCCCUGAGGUACUACCCGAAGUAACUCCACUGAGAAAAACAGAAAGCGAUGAAACGAGAAAAUUAUCCCAAUUCCAAACCGAAAUAGUGCAGUUAGCAGCUGUUUUGAAUGGCGAUCAUUUUUUGAGCAGUUUUCCGGAUGAAAUGGCGACUAAAAUGAACGUCAGGGAAGGUCAUGAGUAUGUAAUGGGAGCUGUUUCGAGGUUUCUUAGAGCCGGGAAAGAGGCGGUUAAGCUAGGGGCGCAUGAGUCCACCAUUGUAAAUAUGAGGUCUUCCCUCACCACCAGAUCCUCUAAUCAACAUUAGAGACUGUCUCCCAGUAAGACGACGUAAAAACAAAAAGCCCAUAUGCUAAUAAUUAUGUUAGUUGGGCUAUUCAAUCUAUCUAUGGAGAGAGACUCACGGUGAGACCGUCUCACGCAAGAAUUUGUGAUCAAUAUUAGCACAAUAUUGUAGUAAGUAUUAGAUACUCCUACAGCUUAAGGGUAGGUAGUAGUUAGUUUGAUAACCAAGUUUCAUAUGGGCUCUAAAGGGCUUGUACUUCGUUACUGGUUUGUGUUAUAGCUCUGUAAUGACUUUUGCCAAUUUUGUUUUCAUAUGUAUUAUUAUUAUAUA